GCCAGACAGACUCGGGAGCAGCUGGGAAUAGGGAAGCCACAGCACCCUGCAGUGACUCAAGAAGAGGGAGAGGAGCAGAUAGGGAAGACGACACACACACACACACACACACACACACACACACACACACACACGUGGAAAGGGAGACUUUCAAGGGAGACUGAGGUGAUGGUGGUGGAGAGAGACAGAGGGGAGAGACUUAGGAAGACCCAGAAAGAUAGACAUGAAGUGGGGAGAUGGGGGCUGGCACAGAGACACAAAGACAGAAAAGUAGUUUAUGAGAGAGACAGGAAGGAAGGAGGAAGAGAGAUGGAGACAGGUCUGGCAGCAGACAAGAGGGCUAUUAGACACCAGGAAAUGUCACCUGCCCUGGAGCUGCGGCCCUGUCAUGGUGAGAGAUGCGCUGAGCAUUCAGUCUGGCACCAGGUCCGGGGGAUGGAUGUUGGGGAUAGGUGUCAUUGCCGGCGGCCUGUCACAUCUCUCUCUUACUGCGUCCUGCCAGAGCUAGGCCCAGCUUUCCUUCAGUACCAGAUGAGCUGGGCACGGCAACCCCAGUAGUGUGGUAUUAGGGGUGGCCUUGGGCCGGGUGCCUCUGCUGAGAACAGUCAGCUCCUGUCCAUUGGGGCUUGUGCAGAGGCAGAGGGAUGGACAAACUGGCUUGGUCAGAGUCUCUUCCCUGUCGCAAAUGGGGAGCUUGUUUGGGACCUGAUAGAUUGAGGGCCCCGGCCAGUAGUAGACAUAACAAAGGUAUGAAAUGAUAACAGAUUAGGGGGGAGACUGGUUAGAUCUUGCCGUCCCAGGAUCAGAGACCAAUAUCUAGGGUUCCCCUCUCGCUGGCCCCCAAACCUGCCCCCUGGUGCUGGCAUGAGAGAAGAUUCAGGGAGAGACUGAUGGAGCAGCAGAAGUGUAAGGCACCGACCAUGCUGUGCGCCCUGCCCAGGCAACAGGACCUCUUCAGGCUCCUUGCCAGCACGUUGGUGGAGUAGAGACCUUGGGUCUGGGGGCCGUGUGGCAGGGAGGGAGUGCUCCGAGGCCCUCUGCCUCUAGCAUUCAUAAGAAUUUCAGCUCCAUUGUUGCACAGACAGGUAAGGGGUGGGUCCAUUCACCCUUCAGUCUUGGCUGCCUUACCUGUAAUGUGGAAGGACCCAUCCUGCCCCGUGUGGGCAUGAAACACAACCGAGGGCACAGUGUUCUGUAGGCAGUGGAGCUCUGGCCUAGCCUCGGGCAGUGGCUGGUUCUUCCCCUCUUCAGGAUUUGCCCCAUUUCCCUGCUGCGUAGCAUGGAGCUGAGGACCAGGAGACCCCCUGGAGCCCCCAUUUGUUCAGCAGCCAGUCCAGCAUCCACUAGGUGCCAGGCAUCGUGCUAGACGCCAGGAGACAGCAAUUACCAGUCAGCCUUGCAGCUGAGGCCCCGCCUUCCCCACCUUGAGGUGGGGGCCCACCAGGAUGAACAGACUGUCUGGGGAGCUGGCCCGUGACUUGGAGCGCAGCCUGCCGGCCGUGGCCUCCCUCAGCUCAUCACUGUCCCACUCCCAGGGCCUCUCCUCCCACUUCCUCCCCCCACCUCCAGAGAAGCGCCGAGCCAUCUCUGAUGUUCGCCGCACCUUCUGUCUCUUUGUCACCUUCGACCUGCUCUUCAUCUCCCUGCUCUGGAUCAUUGAACUGAACACCAACACAGGCAUCCAGAAGAACCUGGAGCAGGAGAUCAUCCACUACAACUUUAAAACUUCCUUCUUUGACAUCUUUGUUCUGGCCUUCUUCCGCUUCUCGGGACUGCUCCUGGGCUAUGCUGUGCUGAGGCUCCGGCACUGGUGGGUGAUUGCGGUCACCACACUGGUGUCCAGUGCAUUCCUCAUUGUCAAGGUCAUCCUCUCUGAGCUGCUCAGCAAAGGGGCAUUCGGCUACCUGCUCCCUAUCGUCUCCUUUGUCCUUGCCUGGUUGGAGACCUGGUUCCUUGACUUCAAAGUCCUACCACAGGAGGCUGAGGAGGAGCGAUGGUAUCUGGCUGCCCAGGCUGCUGUCGCCCGAGGACCCCUGCUCUUCUCUGGCGCUCUAUCCGAGGGCCAGUUCUAUUCACCCCCAGAAUCCUUUGCAGGGUCUGACAAUGAAUCAGAUGAAGACCUUGGGAAGAAAAUCUUCUCUGCCCAGGAACGGGAGUACGUCCAUCAGGGCAAGGAGGCCAUGGCGGUGGUGGACCAGAUCUUGGCCCAGGAGGAGAACUGGAAGUUUGAGAAGAACAAUGAAUAUGGGGACACUGUGUAUACCAUUGAGGUUCCCUUUCAUGGGAAGACAUUCAUCCUGAAGACCUUCCUGCCCUGCCCGGCGGAGCUGGUGUACCAGGAGGUGAUCCUGCAGCCCGAGAGGAUGGUGCUGUGGAACAAGACGGUGACUGCCUGCCAGAUCCUGCAGCGAGUAGAGGACAACACCCUCAUCUCCUACGAUGUCUCUUCGGGGGCCGCGGGCGGGGUGGUCUCCCCGAGGGACUUCGUGAACGUGCGGCGCAUCGAGCGGCGCAGAGACCGAUACCUGUCGUCGGGCAUCGCCACUACCCACUGCGCCAAGCCCCCUACACACAAAUAUGUCAGGGGAGAGAAUGGUCCUGGGGGCUUCAUCGUGCUCAAGUCGGCCAGUAACCCCCGAGUCUGCACCUUCAUCUGGAUCCUUAAUACAGAUCUCAAGGGCCGCCUGCCCCGGUACCUCAUCCACCAGAGCCUCGCAGCCACCAUGUUUGAAUUUGCCUUUCACCUGCGGCAGCGCAUCGGAGAGCUGGGCGCCCGGGCGUAACCAUGCCCCUCGCCACCCUGCAGGCCAGGGUCCUGUCACCACAGCCUUCAGAGCCAGAGAGGGGGCCAGUGGAGCUUCCCGCUGCCCACAGAAGACCUGGCCUCAAGCAGCGGGAAGAGGUCUCCUCCUGUGGCAGCACCUUGGCCCCAAGCUACCACCCUCCACCGUGCUUCACUGGACCUGGGAGCCAUGGCUGUGAGCAGGUUGUGAGGUCAAGCAUCUGGACUCCAGGGCCCUGCUGCUGAGGCGAGUGGGGUCUGUCCCGCUGAUGUUUACACAGUGACUGUCCCUGCCUCCUGGAGGAAGAUACCUGCGCUCCCCUACCUAGCCAGGGGCAGGAUCUGGAAUGGGAGCCUCAGACUUGAUGGGGGAGGGCCACGGCCCUGAGCAGGACAGAGGUCAGGGCGGGCCUUGGCGCCAGUGUUAAGGUGCAGGAGCCCCUUCAUCUGCCUGCUUUCUCACCACGGUUUUUUAGGAUUAUUUAAAGGGUCUGGGACCUUUUUCCAUAUGCACUUGUUGGGGAGCGGGUGGCAGGUAGGGGGGUGGGUGCUGGCAGUGAACUUCUGCCACUCCCAGUUUCUCUCCCUCCCCCAGGGUUCCUUGGGGACCUUUGUAAUUUGAGCCAAUUAUUAAAAACAAACUCAAAAAAAAAAAAAAAAAAAAAAGAAAAAGCAGCCCCUCCUGCCUGGCCUCUUGAAGGAAGAGAAGUGCAGCACUGUGGACAACACCCUCUCACACCCUUGCAGAACCAGAGGGAGUGUGGAGCCAAUGGGGACUCAGUUCCUGAACACCCCCACUUGCCUGACCGGUCCAGCUGGACAGAUGAUUGGUCA